GCUGCUCAAGACACCGUUGUCUCCAUCUGCGGAAAGUUAGACGUGAGUGUGGUGCACCUCCAUCACCUCUCGGUAUGGCCACAUCCUCCUCCUGCACUGUAAGUCAGAGGGUUGAGCUCGUGUCCCUUUCGUGAGUGUGGCAACUGGACUCUGUGAACUUUUACAGUAACUAGAUGAUGACGGGCUACCUGUAACCAGGCCACACAGAUAACGGCCUUGGUGUUUGUGGGCGGAGUCAGGAGAUGACGAAGACAAACUACCCUCAUAUUUGUCUUGUCUCCACAGCCAGCGGAGUUUCCACGCGCCAUGUGUCAGUGCUGUCAGGAUAACAGGAUACACCUUAGGGAACAAUGGAUGGCGUAAAUGUCUCCUUGACGAAAAGCAUCAUGCAUGUCGCAGUCAUCUUGUGUCGGCGGUCCUCUUCAGGCCUCUGUUCACUCGACUGAAAAGGUUAUUUAAUGCGAACUUCAAGUGUGGCGACUUUCCUAUUAAGGAAAAUGUUUCAGCAAUGUUUUUAUUUACACAACGUUAAAAUAUUAAGGCUUACAAAGUCUGAUCUGUCAUAUGGACAGAAAAUAAUGGAGUAACUGUUUAGUUGCUGUGAGGGUAGGGUAGCAGUCCGACCAGGAUUUUAUGUUGAAGAAAUAACAGCACUACUACUAUGGCUGCCGAGGGAGAGCAACAAGAAUUUUCAGUUCCUUCGUGGGUGAGGCUGUUGAAGUCUUCGCAGUUUGGCCGCACCGGGUGGAUGAACGAUGGCUUUGAAGAGCAGAACAAAGAAACCGAAUCCUACGUUUCUUCCUACCCUGAAGCCGACUACACUUUCUCAGUCAGGCCCUUGUCCGAGGUAGACUACACAAGUCCACUAACCCGACCAACCCCUUCCUAUUUUUGUCUCUCCCACCUGUCCGGAUGUACCUUGCAGUAUCCCCAGCACCUAUCAGACAGUAAGGACGAAGACUGGAAGUCUGGGAGUGGCUUUGAUUCGAGUCUAGGAACAUGGAACAGCCGCCUCACUGCGUCACAUGAGCACGUGACAUUGCCAGCCAAUCAGACGGGAGCUACCAAUAUGGGAGAAUCUGAGACACAUCAUGGCUACAUCCGGUUUGACCAGGUGCAGGUGCACAGUCUGCCCAAGAAAACAUCGGGUAGUUUGCUGCAUCACCCUUACGACUUCCAGCAAACCAGUCUGGCUAUCUCGGGGGGCAUACCCGGCUCUCUUGGUCACGUGACACAGCUUGGACAUCAGGAGUCGGAUCACCAUCAGGCACCAGCCUGCCUCAGGGAGCUGCCCUGUCAAGAGACAUCCACCCGUAAAAAUGAGCGGUCAGGGUGUGGUCGCCACUCGCCAGCUGUCACAUCAGUCAUCGUCGUCAUGGCUCUGGUCAUUAUUGGCUUGGCUGCGGCGCUAAUUGUGUCGAUGGUUACAAAACAAGAUGAGGAAAACGGGCAGGAUGGUCACCCUGUGGUGACAGCCUUGGUCAGUCUCAAGAUCCUCAACAAAAAUUUCACCUCUGGCAUGCAGGAAUUCAACUCUGAAGAGUUCUAUGGCAUCUCCAAGCCUUACAGUCAGGAGUUAGAUCGUCUGUUCUUGACGUCGCCUUUGGCAGACAUCUACCGCGGAAACAAGAUUGUUGCCUUAAGCCAAGGUAGCAUCAAGGCAGACGCUGAGCUGCUUUUUCUUGACAAAGGCCUCAUCCGGGACAGUCAGGCUGUGGAAAACGUCAUCAGUUCCGCGGACCGCGCGCAUGACUGGCGCGAGAGCGACGCGAGGGAAAUGGGAGAGUUUGUCGUCUGCGGCGACUGUGUCAAGGUCGCGGUCAACUUCACAACAAUUCACCAGUUGCCAGAGAAACCAGUUCUGACCCCUGAAGUGUUGCUUCCACUUACUUCUACUGAACUUCCGGGUAAACCGGAAGUUAGUACCGGACCAUCUGAAAAUCUUCAUCCCGUAACUACAGAAGGCAUGGCCACAAAAAUCUCAGUCACGAGAUCACACCCAUUUCUUCAAGAUGGACAUUUCAUCGUCGCAUGUGACAUCACAGACGUGACGUCAUGGUCAUCUCUCACUAUAGAAUUCGUUCCGCAAAAUAGCGCAUCGUGGCAUAAACCCGGCAAGGUGAAGGUCGUGUCGUUUAACGGCAGUUUUCCCGACAAACCCCGGGUGUCGGAGGCGUACCGCGCACGCCUGGUGACCUUUCAGCACUCUGAGGGCCCCGGCAGCCUUUCUGUCGUCAUGAACGUUAGCGGCGUGACGUGUCGCGACCGUGGCGCCUACAUCUGUAGCCUAGUGACGUCAGAUGGUCAGCAGUACCAAGGUUCUGGUGACGUCGAGAUCCAAGAGCUGCCCACGAUUCCUGUGAUCACCGAGACCAAGAAGUCGCCGCUAUGGGACGCUACUCCCGAGUACUCCUGCACGGCGAAACUCGGUUAUCCUCCCGGAAACCUGACGUUUCAUGCUGCCAGGGACCCAGCGACCUUUGACCCCGUGGUUAGCAACCUGACUCGCACAGGUGACACGUGCGACAGUCAGACCGUUGUCACUGUGUCAGCCGUGGAUCCUGCUCUGAGGAAUGCGACUCGAGUUGUGUGUCAAGUUGCUAGCGUGCAUUUGAACCUCUUGGACUCCACCCAGUACGCCACUGUCCACCCCACCUCUGUGUCCAGAAAGCUGGAAAUUCAGACCAAAUCCACCUCAAUCAAUGACGGACUCGCAGCCAUCAGGUGCCGGUUGCUGAAUGCUGGCUCCUGGCAGAAGCUGACGCUGUACAAGAUGACGUCCUCGUCCUCGCUGACAGAACUCAUCUCCAUGUUUCCCAACAGGACGACGAGGUGGCUGGACUUCUCUCUCAGUCAGCGCGCCCUCACGGUGGUGGACGUUUCUGACCGUGUGACGGAUCUUGAUGUUUUCAUCCACUCGCUGAAGUGCGCUGACGAGGGAAGGUACGCAUGCGCAGUGCAAGCUUCCGGCGUCAGCAUCACGAUGCCCUCGGCGCUUCUUACCGUUACAGCGAGGCCCUCGGCACCGGACCUCCACGUACCUGCUGACGCGGUCGAAAACGAACUAGUCAAGUCCCCAGUCACGUGCCAGGCGACAGUGGGGCGACCUGCCGGAAGUCUAGUUCUAAAGGUAAAAAAUCCAGGUGAGAAGGACUUUCGCCAUCUGGCGUUCAACGAGCAGACGACAAGGGCAAUGUCUUGUUCGACGGCGAUGUGGGGGAUCUUCUACCCAACCACCAGCAUAGUGCACAACGCCUCCAUCUUUUCCUGUGGCGUCGUUCCUCACGAAACCCUGGCUACAGAUCUCACGGACAAGCUGGAAGUUUCCGAUACUUUCUACAUCAUUGCUGCCGACUACUGUGAAGGAGCAGGCGUUAGAAACGUGUCCCACCCAACGGACUGCCACCAUUAUGUCACGUGCACAAAUGACGUCAUUGCCAACGUCAGCAAAUGUGGCGACGGCCUUUGCUUUGACCCAGCGACCGGCGACUGCACCGCCCAAGCACCGAGCGACAACAGCUAUGAUGCUACCAAGAACAUCUGUUACCCGGAUAAAGAUUACGUAACCUACCCGCAUGACGACGGGUGUCAUCUCUAUAUCCAGUGCGACCUUGGAAGGGAGCUAAUCCAGCAUUGCCCGAAGGACGCCAUCUUUGCUUCCGGUAUGGAGUGCACCGUGAACGUCAGAGCCUCGCAGUGCUACAGGGUGAUGGACACGACCAACAGAAUUGUCAGCAACUCUACAGACUUGCUGACAAGAUAGCAGUAGUAGUAGUAGUGUGUGUGUGUGUGUGUGUGCGUGUGUGCGCGUGUGUGCGUGUGUGCGUGCGUGCGUGUGUCCCUGUGUGUGCGUGUGUGCGUGUGUGCUAGUCGUAUAUACCUGUGCACAGUCCCUGUCACUAUUUGCAGGCGGCUUGUUUUGCUUGCAAGUUGAGCAUUUAAUAUAUUUUAAAUAUUUCUUCAAGUAAUUCUCAGAUUGUAUAAUGGAACAUCAUAGCCUACAACCCUGUAUACAUCCAGAGAAGCAGUUUAUUCUGCGGCCACUGAUGUAAAUAAGUUUUUCUAUAAUUAUUAGAACGUGAAGAUGGAUUUAUUUUGAUUAUUUUACACUCCUUUAUAUUUUAGUAAUUUUACAUCCAUCGUUUACACGUGUGUGGAGCUGCAAGAUACAAUAAAAGGCAGAAAGAUAAGUUAUCUGAAGUAGU